AUGCUUCUUCUUGCAAGAGUUGCCAUUCUACCGGCGAUAAUAGGCUUGCAGCCCUGGUUGCGUUUUGUUUUUACGCUGGCAUUAAUUAAAAUUGGUAAAUAUUCGUGACGUAAAUGACAUAAAGUCUAGUUCAACUGGCUUCAUACAGUGUCCCGGGCUUUAACAAUCAAGUUAAAACUGAUUAAUCCCACAAAUAAAGCGGAAAACACAACAAAAAACACACAAGCUACCAAACACACAAACACAAACAAACAGACACGUACACAUUUCGCGCACACACAUACACACACACACACACGCAAAGGUGCACACGUCAGUGCCACGAAUUCUUAAAAAAAAAGUUAAAGAUUUCCGAUCGAAAUCGGGACACGGAACCGAUAUCGAAGGAGAUAUAAACCUGCCAGCUUUAUGCUAGGGUGAUUUAAAAAAAACCAAAAAAAUAAAAUAUAAAAAAUAAAUAAUCGACGAUGGCGGAUGCGGAUGCGGCUGCCACGGAAACGGCUGCACUGGAUAGCACCUACGACUGUUCCCUAGUGCAGCCCGACGACCACGAAUACGACGGCGAGACAGAUAUACGCUUCUCGGGCAGCUCCAAUGAUCUGUCCCUGUUACAGAAUGUAUCCGCCAGCACAACGACACGAGGCAACGAGGGCAAGGGUCGCCUGGACAGCCUCAAAGAGAAUCUGCACAAGCAACAGGAACGCCUUACCGCCUUAAAGGAACGAGCCCUGAGGAAGUCGCAGGAUGGAAAGCACAAGUCCAGUAUGAGCGACUCGAUGGAGUCGCUGAGGAAUCUGGGCCAGAAGCUCACCGUUCUGAAAACGCGAGCCGGCUCACUGGCUCUCGACUCCUCCACGCCGCUGGUGACGCCCACCAAGGAGGACCCCCGAUCGGCGGACGUCUCCCUCAUCCAGACGAGCGGCAGCGAGAAACUACAGAUGCUCACCCAGCGUACGGAGCAGAAUCGCGCUCUGCUGGAGCAGCGGAAGCGGGAUCUGGCCAAAUCCCUGCUCUCGGUCAAGACCAGCUCCAUGUCCACGUCCGCGGAACUGGGCUCUUCCAUGACCGAUCUGCGGCAGGUGUCGGCGAGUGCCGUCAAUCCGGCGCCAGUGUCCCGGCACCGUUCCGCCCUGGACCUGGAGGCCCAGGGCCAGGAGGCGACGGAUGAGGGCCGGCUGAAGCUCCUCAAGAACCGCAUGAAGAUCACUGAGCUGAAGCAGAGCCGGCAGGAGCAGGAGAUGCAGGAAAUGCGCACGGAACUGUCCCGGCGCGGCAAUCUCAUCGAGCAAUUGGAGCAUUCCGGAGCGGAACUGCAGAGGCUGCUGACACAGCGGGAUGAGGAACUGGAGCAACUGCGCCUGGCCAAGGGGGAAGGGGAGGAGGAGCAGGAGAAGAAAGCAAAAGAAAGAACCGAAAAGGAUGAAGAGGAGGAGAAGGAGAAGGAUAGUCUGCAGGAGCAGGAGAAUGCCCGUCUCCAGGGCGAGGUAACCAACCUCCGGGAACGUCUCGCCGAGCUGGAGAACGUCAACGACAUCCUGGAGACGACGCGCUGUGAACUGCAGGACGAGCUGACCACCAUACGGGAGAAGGAGCGCGAACGGGAGCAGGAACAGGAGGAGAAACUAACCCAGAGUGAGGCGACGGCGGCCACCACCGACGCCCAGGUUAGCCAGGAGCUGGCCAAGCAGCUGCACGACCUGACCAACCAACUGGCGGAGCUGCAGGAGGCCAACGAGAAGCUGCGCCUGACCAGGGACGAGCUGCCGGUGAGCGAUGCCGGUGUCUCGGAGCGCCUGGCCGAGCUGGAGGCCAAGCUGGCGGAGCAGACGGCCGCCAUGGCGUCACAGAGCGAGGAGCUGGCCGAGAAGACCACCGAACUGAAUGUCCUGAAUGUGAAUCUGCGGCUCCUGGAGGAGAAGCUGGCGCAGAGCAGCCGCAGCAAGCCACUGUUCCUGGACGACGCCCUGGAGGACUCGGUGGCCAGCAAGGAGUUGCAGGAGGAGCUCCAGCAGCUUAAGCAGAAGCUGGACGAGUCCAACAAGGCCAACAUCAAGCUGAAGCUCAAGUGCAAGCAGGCCGAGAAGCAACUGCAGAAGCUCCAGACGCAAGACGGCCAGAAGCAACUGGCCGCGCUCCAAACGGAGAACGAGGAGCUGCAGCAGCGCAUCACGGUGCUGGAGGACGAGAAGGGCCAGUGGCAGUUGUCCAAGAUGCAGGAGGACGAGGAUACGGAGCAGGCGUCGCCCCCUGAGGCCAAUCCCCUGCAGCUGGAGGCCAUCCGACUGCUGGAGGAGCAGAAGCUGGAGCUGCAACAGGCCCUGGAGGCACUGCAGCAGGGACACGAGUCGGCGCGUGUCGAAUCGGAGCUGAGCGAAGCCCAGCUGGAGGAGCAGCUGACCCAGCGGGUGCAGCAGCUGGAGCAGGAGGCCCAGGAGCAGCGCCACCAUCUGGAGACCCUGCAGACGGAGAAGGAGACGCUCGACAAGAAGCUAUCGCACUACAUCAGCGAGAACAUGGAGCUGCUGGACAAGCUGGAGAAGCUCAGCUCCUCCAGUUCCGCCGAGUCCAUUGAGAUCGUGGAGCGCCAGCAGCUGGAGGAUCAUCCGCCCGUGCCCCGACACGUCAGCGAGCUGACCCAAACAGACCAGGCCGAGGACCCGGCGGAGUCCGGCGAGUCGGUGGCCCAGCUGCGCGAACGCCUGGAACUGUUCACCCAGGAGCGCGGCGAGGUGCUGGACAAGCUGGAGCAACUGACCGCGGAGAACAAUCAGCUGCAGGCCCGCCUAGAGGAGCUGAACCGGGAGCGGGAGAAGGAACUGCACUCCUCCACGUCCACAGCCUCCACAACGUCCAAUCUCUCCCAGGAGCUGACCUCCAUGCAGCGUUCCACGGAGGUGGUGGCCGCCCUGGACGCCGGCGACGGUGGUCCGGUGCUCUUCGAGAAGUGCGAGAAGUCCCUCAACAAGCUGAACUCGGAGCUGGAGGCCUUCCGGAAGGCCAACGACCGCCAGGCCAAGUUCAAUGUCGCCAAGAAGCUGGCCCGCGAGGCCAAGAACUGCCACGCCCAGCUGAGCGAGCUGCUGGCGAAGGUGAAGGAGGCCAGCUCCGCGGUGGAGACGGUCACCGUCGUGGAGACGGUGGUGGCCGUGACGGCGCCCAACGGCAAGGCCCUGGCCGAGUACGAGCAGCUGACGGCCCAGAAUGCGGAGCUCAAGGCGGAGAUAUCGCGGCUGCGUCUGGAGAUCGAGGAGCUGCGGGAGUCCUAUCCGGAGGGCGAGCCCCAGCUGGCCAUCGGAGCGCCACAGAAGGACGAGGAGGAGGUGCUGCAGUUGCAGUCCCUGCUGGAGGAUUCGAGGAACUCGCAAACAGAGCUCCGGCAGCAGAUCGAGGAGCAACUGGAGAUCAUCCGGGAGCUGAGGCAAACGGAGGCGGAUCACCUCCAGCUGGUGGCCAAGCAGAGCGCCGAGAUCACCCAGCUGCAGCUGCGGGUGGAGCAGUUCGACCAGCUGCUGGACACCAAGGAGAUGAGCCACGAGAAGCAGCUGGAGCAGCAGACCCGCAUCCGGCGGGAGCUGGAGGCGCGCGGCGAGUCGCUGGAGGGAGAGCUGAGCAUCCUGCAGGCCCUGGUGGCGGAACAGAAGCAGCAGCUGAUCGAGAACCUCAGCGAGAGCGAGCACACCCUCAACCUGAAGAUGCUGGAACUGCAGUCGGCCCGGGAGGAGAUCCAGGAGCUGCGCAGCAAGACCGGCGACGAGGACCCCGAAAAGCUGCGCGAGGCGCUGAGGAUUAGCAAGAACCUGGCGGCCCAGCAGAUCAGCGAACUGGCCUCCCGCCAGGACACCAUCGACGCCCUCAACCAGCAGGUGCAGGAGCUAUACCAGGGGGUGGAGCAGACCCGCCAGGAGGAGCAGCAGAAGGCGCGGGAGCUCAAGGAGAAGCUCAAGAAGUACGCGUUGAAUUUGAAGAAGCGUGGCCAGGAGAACGCGGAGUUGGAGCAGCAGCUGCAGGAUCUUCGCAAGCAGCUGGAGGAGAAGCAGCACGUGGAGGAGGAGCCCCAGCAGAAGCCCCAGGAGGAGGACAAUCGGGAGCGGGAGCAAGUGGAGCAACUGCAACAGCAGGUGGCCAAGCUGAACGAGGAACUGAAGGCCAAGAUCCACCUGAAUCUCGAGAACCGGGACGCACUGCGUCAGCUGAAGCAGCAGUUGCAGGAGCAGGAGCUGGUCAACAAGGAGUUGCGCAGGGAACGCCAGGAAGCCGACGAGGAGAUCUUCCAGAUGGGCCAGGAGGGCAGCCAGCGCAAGGAGGAGAACGCCAAGCUGAGACAGGACCUCGCCAGGCUGCAGAAGGAGUUGGAGCAACGGCAGCAGGAGCUCGCCCGCCAGGAGGAGAGGCUGGCGGAGCAGCAGCCCGCUCUGGAGGAGUUGCGCCGCCAACUGGAGUCCAAGUCCACCAAGUUCGACAAGUCCAAGGAGCUGAUCAAGCACCGCAACGCCACCAUUCAGGCGCUUCAGAAGGAGCUCCAGCAGCUGCGCCAGACUCCCCCCGCCCAGGACGAGCAGGCCAGGCAGUUGGAGCAGCUCCGCCAGAAGGACAAUGAGAUUGCCGAUCUCCGCCAGCAGAUCCUGCAGCUGGAGGACAGCCAGAGGAUCACUGAGGCCGGCAUCGGCGAUGGCGCCUUCACCAAGACCACUGUCCAGUCCCUGGAGGCAGCUCCCAUCCCCGAGGUGUCUCUGGAACACCUGGAGGAGCUGCGCGCCGCCAAGGAGGAGCAGGAGCACCUGCGCACCCAGCUCCAGGCCGCCCAGGAGCAGUACGCUCUGCUGGCCUCCCAGUACGCCCGGGAGAAGUCCGACUUCGAGGUGAACAGUGCCCGGCAGGAGACCCUCCACGAGGGCAUCGAGGCCAAGCUGCAGGAGGACGCCUCCUACAUUGAAUCGCUGGAGUCGCAGGUCGCGGAGCUGCAGGCGAGGAGCGCCGCUCUCGAGGAUCAGGCAGCCCGCCAGGCCAACCAGCAGGCGGCGGCGGAGGAUCGCCGCCAGAUCCUGGAGCAGGAGUUGCAGCAGCAACGGGAGCAGGAUCAAGAGCUGCAGGAACAGGACCUGCAGCUGCAGGAGCGCCUGCGGGAGCUCGCCGAGAAGGAGCAGGCCUAUGUCCAGCAGCUCCAAGUGUCCGGCACGGAAGCGGAGGACCUGCGGGAGCAGCUGCGUCGCCUGCGCGCCGACUACGACGCCCUGGCGUCGAAGCACGACCAGCUGACGGCCACCGCCCUGGCGGAAAGGGAGCAGCUGAGCAGCCACAGCCAGGAGGAGCUGGCCGAGCUCCGCCAGCAGCUGCAGGCCAAGGAGGCGGAUCUGCAGCGCCAGCGCCAGGUGUACGACGCCAAGCUGGCCGCCAAGGUGACCGAGCUGGACGAACUGGAGUGCGACCUCAACAACCAUGUGGAGCGCGCCACGCAGGAGUCGCGCGAUCUGCUCCAGCAGCUGGAGCGCGCCCAGGAGCAGCUGGGCCAGCGCGGCGAGGAGCUGCAGCGGCUAAGCGACGAGUUCCAGGAGGUGGAGCGCGAGAGGUCCACCCUCAGCCGGGAGGUGACCCUGCUGAGACUCCAGCAGGACGGCGCCGAGCAGGAUGUCCUGGAGCUGCAGGAGCUGCGCAUGCAGGCCAUCCAGGACAAGACGGAAAUGGACAAUCUGCGCACCCAGAUCGACGCCCUCUGCGCGAACCACAGUCAGGAGCUGCAGGCCCUCCAGCAGCAGAUCGCCGAGAUGGACACUCUUGGCCAGAACCAGACGGACGACCAGGUGUACUUCGAGACGGAGAACAAGCGGCUGGCGGAGCAGCUGAGCGAGCUGCAAGCCCAGCUGGCCCGACAACAGCCACUGGCUCCCAUCCCAGCUCCCAUUUCAGCUCCUCCGCUUGGAAAUCCUCCGCCCGCCUCCCUCUUCUUCGGCGGAGAUCCCUCGCCCUUCGACGAAAUCGUGCCACAGCCCCUGCGGAUCGGCAGCCAGACGGCGGCCCUGCCCCCGGCUGACCUCCAUCCACCGCCCACCAUCGAAGACCUCCAGAGGAACGUCUCGGAUUUGGAGAAGCACGCCCAGGAUCUGGAGAACAAGCUGCUGGCGCGCAACCAGACUCUAGCCGAGCAGGAGGAGCACCGCCGGCAGACGGAGCAGCGUCUGGCGGAGCUGGAGCGGGCCCUGCAAGAGCGGGAGCACCAGCUGGCGGAGAUCAGGAGGGAGAAGGAGGAGCAAGAGCGUCUGGCGCAGCUGGAGAAGCUUAUACAGCCAGCUGCUGCGGCGCCACCCACCCUGGACAUGUUCUUUGGCGGGGAGCAGGUGCCGGACGCUGUCAGCCGCCAACUGGACUUCGGCCUGCCCCAGUCAGAGCCCGUGGUGGAGCCCAUCAUUGUGCCCAAGAGGGCCUACGUCUGCCAGCCGGAACAGCAGGAGCAGCCGCAGGUCAUAGACUUCGGGGUGGACGACGAUCCGUGGGCGAAUGCCGCCAGCGAGGAGCCCCAGACGGAUGUGGAGCCGCUGCGGAACAGAAUCGCCCAACUGGAGCAGCAACUGGCCACCGCCGAGCAGCAGAAGGUGGAGCUGCAGACCAAGGCCGCCAAGCUGAUGAAGCGUCUGAAGGAAUACAAGACCAAAGCGACCACUGUGGCGGCUCCGUCCGUUGCGGUGGACAACGACCUGGACUCGGCCAUCAUGGAUGAGCUGAGGAAUCAGCUGCAGCUCCAGGAAUCCCGGCUGGCCAAGGCCGAGGAGCUGCUGCAGCAGCACGCGCUCGAGAAGGAGAAGCUGACCAAGAGGAUCGAUGUCCUGACGGCCGGCAACGAGCGAAUGGCGGAGCUGAAGGAGCGCCAGGACAUGGACGUGCAGAUGUACCAGGCGCGCAUCCGGGAGCUCCAAGAGAAGCUCAACCAACUGGACCAGUGGGACGUGCCAGCUACUAGUGCUCCGCCGGCAGCCGUGAUGGCUUCUGCGGCUUCCACUCUCAGCGAGGAUGCGGUGGAGAAACUGCAGAAUCUCCAGUCGGAGAACCAGGACCUCAACACCGAGUGCCAGGAGCUGCAGGAGAAGCUCAAGGAGGAGCGCCGUCUGGUUCAACUGGCGGAGGACACCGCCGCCCGGGCCCAGGCCGACAAGGAGCAGCUGCAGGAGGAGCUGAGGGUGCGUCUGCAGGAGGUGGAGGAGCUGCGACAAGUCCAGCCCAGUCCCCAGGACUCGGAGCUCCUGCAGAAGCUUCAAGGCGAGAGGGAGCAACUGCUGACGGAGGUCACCCAGCUGAGGAGCCUCCAGACUGAAGUGGAGCAGCUCAGGGCCUUGAGGACGCAGCAGGAUCAGGCCCUGGAGAGCCAAAGGAGUCAGGAUGCGCAAAGGGAGGAGUACUGCAAGGGUCUGCAGGCGGAAGUGGAGCACUUAAGAGCCAUCCAGCAGGAACAGGAGCAGCUCCAGAGCCAGAAGACCCAGCAGGAGCAGCAGGAGCAUCUGGAGAUGCGGCGGAUCGAACAGGAGCAGUUCAGUCACCUCCAGCGGGAGGUGGAGCAGCUGAGGGGACUCCAAACGGAGGUCACUGCCCUGCGGAGCCUCCAGUCCGAACUGGAAGAGCUCAGAUCCCAGAAACUCCAGCAGGAACGUGAACUCUUCGCACUGAAAUCCGAGCUGGACGCACUGCGUCAUCGUGCCAGCACCGAGGAGAGCCUCCCCAAGGAUCCCAGCGAAGACCAGUCUAUUUUACUGCAGGAGAGGGAGUCGGAGAUCCUGCACUUGAAGCAGCGCAUCGAGGAGCUCAUGCGCGAGGACCAAACGGAGAAGCUGGUCUUCGAAAUCCUGACCAAGAACCAGGAGCUCCACCAGCUGCGGACGCAGGUCAAGCAGCUCGAAGAGGAGCGCGAAGAUCAUCAAUCGGCGGCGGCGGUGGUGGCUCCUGAACCCGUUCCUGCUCCUGGUCCCUCCGCCGAGGCUCUGGCCGAGCUGGACCAACUGCGUCGCGAGAAGACGGACAUGGAGGAGGAGCUGCGCGUCCUCAACAAUCACGUGCUGGGCAGCCUCGAGUUGGAGGACAAGAUGAAGCAGACCCUCCUCCAGCUGGACACCAAGGACAUCGAGAUCACCGAGCUGCGGCGCUCCCUGGAGGUGCUCCAGUCCCAGCAAUCCCAGCCAGUCCAGCCAUCCCAGCCAGCGCCCGCGGAUCUGGCCCUCAUCAAUCACCAGUGGGAGCAGGUGGUGGAGCAGAAGUGCGGCGAGGUGGCCAGCAUCUGGCAGGAGCAUCUGAUCCAGCGCGAGGAGGAGUUCCAGGCGCAGCUGGGGAAGCUUAGCGACCAGCUGCAUCAGCUCCAGGAGGCUGAGUUCCACCCCAGCCCAGCGGUGGCCCCAUCCGACCCAGUUCCAGCCGCAGAGGCAACCGAAUCCUCCAGCGAACUGAUGGCCACGAUGCAGAAGGCCCUGGAGACGCAGGAAAUGGAGAUAGUUACCCUGAAGGAGCAGCUGGCCAUCCGGUCGGCGGAGUACGCCCGUCUGGCCGCCCAGUAUGAUCCCUUCCGGCUGCAGAACCGGGGCGGAUCGAGUGGCGGCGGGGCAUCUGCCACGGCCGGAGGACCUCCGUCCCUAUCCGGCAACGAAGCUCUGCCGGAGUACGUACUAAAGGCCGACCUGGACUACGCCCUGAUGAUGCUCCACCAGCGGGAUAUGCGUGUGGAGGAGAUGAUCCUGGAGCUGGUGCAGCUGCUGGAGGAGCGGGAUCACCUUCAGCUGAAGCUAUCGGAUACGCUGAGGCAACUGGAAACGGAGAGGAGUCGCACCAGCGAUGAACCGGCCAGUGCCACCACGUCCUCGUCCGCCGCCUCGGGCAGUAGUCCCAGCAAGACCAGCAGUGCCGGAAGCAGCAGCGAGAUCCUCGGAGGAGUCACUACCACCUCCACUGGCAGUGACCUCAAGCAGAAGCUAGCGGAGCUGCAGACGGUGAAGCAUUCCAAGGACAAGGCCAUUGUGGAUGAGCGAGAACAGCGCCUCCAGCAGAUGCUUCAACUGCAGAGGGACAUGGCAAAGGGAGCAGCCUCGGGAUCUACUCCUGCCCCUGCCCCUGCCCCUGCCCCUGCUCCGGCUCUGGAUCUUUCUCAGCCCGCGUUGCGUUCCCCCUCGAUGAUGCUCAUGGACUGGAUACUGGGCAACAAGAGUGAUGAGGAGACUAGUACUGGUUCUGGUUCUGGUUCUGGACCGGCUUCAAUUGUAGGUCAGCAGCCACCCGCAUCCUAUUCCACCACCGGCUAGCGGCGAUCCAUGGAAUACUUGCUACUUUUUAAAUCUAAAUCCCGGCCUGGCGCGAUAGCAUUACGAGUUCUUUAUACGAUAUUAUGUACCUUGGCUAACUGGAAAGCUCUAUCGAAUCCCUGCAUCCUGUACCCACAUCCUGUACCCUCUAUUCCUUAAAAAUAUAUAGAAUAUCUGAUAUAGGAUAUGUCUGAUAUCCGAUUUGCAAUAGGCGACCUCCCCCGUACGUUUUAUGUUGUAGAUAUUGUAAAAAAUUGUAUAAAAAAAAACACAAAAAACUAAAUGAAACGAAGCGAUGCAGUUUAAAAAAUUAAUGAAACACAACACUUAACUAAAGAAAACUUAAGAAUUAUAAUGAAAAAAAUGAUUGUUUAAAUUAUAAAGUGGGUUUUUUGGGGCUUUCUUUAUAAGAAAACUAUAGAUUUCGAAUCAGAACUAACAAAUUGUUUAAAAUUAAAAAAUUUACUACAAAAAUCUACAAAAACCAGCCAGAGAAAAAUUAGGUAUGUAUUUUUUAAGAUAAUUUUGUUAAUUAUAAAAUAUUAAAAAUCCCAAAAAUGGAAAUAAAUCUUGAAAAAUAGAUACUUUUUUGAAUUCAAUUCCGAUUUCCCCUACUUUUGAAGCCUUUUUUUUUAUUAAUUUUAUUUAAAUUUAUUUCAAAUGAUAUUUGAUGUUUAAUUAACAAUGUUUCAUUUUAUUUUUCCUUUAAGAAAAAAACACUUAGUUUUUAAGAUUCAUGCUGUAAAUUUUAUAAUAAUUGUUUUUCUCUUGUUUUUCGUGUAGUUUUCUGUUUUUUUUCGUUUAGUGUAGUGUUGUCAAGUGUUGGAUAGUGUUGGGUAGGGUGUUUGCCAUCAUCUCUACUCCCGCCAUUCUUAUCAUCUUUACUGCUAUUCUACGCAAAGACAAUCCGCAAUGUGUGUGUGUUUGUGUAAUUGUUUUUUCUUUUUUUCUUUUUCAAUUAAAUAAUGCAAUUGAAUGUUAUUAAAUGUCCCGAAACAAUUAUCGAAUGUUGAAAAAUCCGUUUCCACAUUUUAUUAUUAUUUUUAUGUUUCAUAUAUAAUAUAUAUUUUGGGUUUUUAUUUUUAAAUAUUUUUUUUUAUUCAUUUUUAUUAUAAUUUUUUGUUUUGUUUUGUUUUUUUUUUCGCUACAGCUGACAUCAAGUACAUUUUGCUUAUGAUUUGCUUUUCAUUUUAUUUUGUUUUUUUUUUCACUUUUCAUUUUAUUGAUUUCUCCGUUUAUGUUUUCGGUUUUCUUCUUCCUCCUUUUGUUUUCUUUUUGUAUUUCUAGUUAAACAUUUAAAUACGAGUUUCCCCACAUGCCUAUGAAAAUACAGCGAUCAUGCAUGUCGGUGCGUGUAUAUAUAUUCAUAAAUAUAUAAAUCUAUAUACCCUUUCAAUGCUUUGCAAACUAUCAAGAAAAAAAAAUAUGUUUUAAAAAAAAAAUAAAGUCUAAACCACAAACAAUCGCAAGUAAAGGUGGGGCGGGGGCAGGGCGGGGCGGGGUGGCGAUGUAAUUCCAGAAUCUUUCCAGUUUUAACAAGUCUGAAGCGGGAAAUCCUGGAAGGAAUCAAGUGGGCCGAUGGCCCGAUGGACCGGCGGGGCGGGGUGUGGCUAGAGUGGACCUAAAUAGUUUUUAAAAUGGAUGCUAAACCGUUAACAAUGUGUGUUUUUUUUGUGUGUGUGUGUGUUGUGUUUAUAAAAAGUUGAUUGAUUUUGCUUCGGACUUUUCAUUCUUUCCAUUUCCAUUUCCAUUUCCUUCCUUUAAUUUUCUCUUGUUUUUUUGACAAAUAUCUAUCGUAUAUAGAUGCAGUGAAAAAAAUUAUUUCAAUUCUGUCAUGGCAAACAACAAAAGUUACAUUAAUGUUUGCUUAAUUAAAUUCAUCAAGUUCAUACAAUAUAUAUAUAAAUAUUAUAUCAUAUAUAUAGCAAUCAUUGCGAGUGUAUGGGUUGCUGUGUGUGUGUGUGUGUGUGUUGGUGUAGUUAAGCCACCGGGAAAAAAAACGACUAUAAACGAAAAACUUAUUAAAUGCAAAAAUGCCAACCAAAAAACAAUAAAUUUAAAUGACUUUUAAUAUUUCUAGAAUUUCCGUUAGGUCUUCCUUUUCAACGGUAACUGUAACCGAGGGGCUGAAUAUGAGAGAGACAGACAGGCAGAGAGCGACCGAGAGAGAGAUAUAGGACGAGGAUGAAGCAACGGUUCUUGUUUUUUUUUAGUUUUUUCUUAUUUUUUUUUUCUUUUUAAAUAUAAUAUAUAUAUUUCUUGUUUUCGAGCAUCGGCCUUGCAGAGCAUUUUUGUUUUGUUUUUUUUUUUUUAAAUUUUUUUUUUUAUAAGCUUGUCUUUGAUUGAAAUUCUAUGCAUUUUUUUGUGUAUUUUAUGCAUUUUUUUUUUUGCAUUCUUAGCGUAUGUGGAAUAAACUUUAAACAAAUAUUAAAAAAAAACUAAAUUUUAUUCACUCCUUUAACAUUGUUUGCUUUCUUUUUUUUGGUGGUCUACGAAAUACAUGAAAUUGUUUAACUUUGUCGGUUCUUUUUUUCUUGUUCUCUUUCUUUUAAAUAUUUUUGUUGUUAAUUUAUGUUUGAAAUGCAUUAAAAAAAAAACAAAGAACAAUAA